UUUUGUUCCUGGGAGCGUGCGUCACGCGCGAGUCUUUCCGUCUGUUGUAGGGGAAAAAUGGAGCGCGAGGACAUUUUAUGUUAAACUCCCUUCGGCUGCAUCUUAACGAGGCGACAUUCCCGGUAACUUGCUCUCAGUCAGUUUCUAUGGAAACCAGAUUUACUAAUAACGGAAUGCCGUGUCAGAAUCAGCAGGGGAACGAUGAGAGCCACGAGCUGGAGCACGCGGCCAAGCCCAGCAGCAGUGUCAAGCAGGUCGCGUGCCAAGAGGACGGCGCCCCGGCCGAAAUCCAGCAGAUCGGACCUCAGCUGAAGCUCGUGCCGUUAAACGACCAAAUCCGCGAGCUGCAGACCAUCAUCCGGGACAAAUCCACUAGUAGGGGCGAUUUUGUGUUUUGUGCCGACAGACUGAUAAGGCUGGUGGUUGAAGAGGGACUCAAUCAGCUCCCGUACAGCGAGUGCACUGUAACCACGCCAACAGGGCACAAGUAUGAUGGCGUGAAGUUCGAGAAGGGCAACUGUGGUGUGAGCAUCAUGCGUAGUGGCGAGGCAAUGGAGCAGGGUCUGAGGGAUUGCUGUAGGUCGAUCCGCAUUGGUAAGAUUUUGAUCCAGAGUGACGAGGAGACUCAGAAAGCCAAAGUUUACUACGCCAAGUUCCCCCCUGACAUCAGCCGCAGGAAGGUGCUGCUCAUGUAUCCUAUACUCAGUACAGGUAACACAGUGAUUGAGGCAGUGAGGGUGCUAAGAGAACAUGGUUUGCAAGCCAAACACAUCAUUCUGCUUAGCCUGUUCUCUACUCCACAUGGUGCGAGGUCUAUAGUUGAGGAGUUUCCUGACAUCACCAUACUAACGACUGAAGUUCACUCAGUGGCACCAACACACUUUGGCCAGAGAUACUUUGGCACAGACUGACUGGCAGAGGCAGCUAAUCUGGUUCGAGUCUCUUCUGCCACUCAGUCAAUCAGGAACCGCGUUCUCCGUCUGAUGGAGCUUCUUAUUCACGCGCCACAUAACCCCUCACUUGUCUGAUUGGGCCAUCUUAAAUGUAUGUGAAACUCUGGUAAAUAUUUGCUGAGGUUUGGCCUUUGAUUCCCAGAAGUGUGUGGUGUUCUAGAAUGUUCUUGAAUGUUCUAGAGCUCAGAAGCCACACAUUCCAGCUGUCAUACAUGCUCUGUCCCACUGGAUGUUUCUAAAGGUCAAAAGAAAAGAAAACAUUAAAUCAAAAUAUUUUGAUUACACA